CGAGUUUAUAAUAUCCACGUUUAAAGUUACAAUGUACUUCUCGGUAACUCUCGCUGUGACGUGUUUGACCUUCAAUAUGUUUCAAAUUUUUCAGAUUGUUACAUUCGGUGGUAAGGUCGAGGAGUUCUUCUUGCAUUUAGCAUACAUAAUUCCCAUUCUUGUAUACAUGUUCAUUAUUAAUUACUUAGGUCAAGAAGUUACAGAUCACAAUGACAAUGUAUUUCUCAGCACGUACAAUGUUUGUUGGUACACAGCACCACUCAAUAUACAAAAAUUGAUAUUAUUGCUGUUGCAAAGAGGCAAUAAACCGUACACCUUGUCUGCUGCUGGAUUGUUUGUUGCAUCUUUAGAGUUUUUUGCCAAAUUAACAAAUACAUCGUUAUCUUACUUUACUGUCAUGUACAGCGUCCAGAAAUGA